GGCGUCUUCUCCCCAGAUGCACUGCCCCUCCUUUGGCUGCCUUGUUGGGGGCAGCCUGGGUACACAGAUGGAGGGAUGGAGCAGUCCACCCCCUUAAGGAUGUAAUUGAAGUCCUGCAAUCUUGUGGUGAGGUCAGGACUCCACAGAUGUCAGUAUCUGGGUCACGGUGAAGACAGAAUCUCCCACGGCUUGGAAUUUCAGUUGCUUAGUAGCCGCUGGCCUUGGAAAGACGCAGCGGGAAGCCGGGAAGGUUUGUUAUGGGGAUGAUCUGAGAGGAAGUAAGUCCUAGUAACAUCCUGACGGGUGUGAGGAGGGAGGACACAGGAGAAAGGUACCAAUGGCUACAGAUUCCGGCGAGCCAGCCAGCACGGAAGACCCGGAAAAACCUGAUGGAGUUUCUCUGGAGGGCAGGAUCCCGACCAUCGAAGCUGCUUUGAUCAUGGAACCCGUUGGUGCCCCGGCCUCUGGGGGCACCAGGGAACGGAAGCGGUUCUUCCGCAAGAGUGUGGAGAUCAUGGAGGAGGACAGAACCACUGAGCCGUCUCCCAGGGAUGAGCGAGAGCAGCUGGCUGCGUGCGGUCGCCGAGUGGACCAGCUCUCUGCUGGCGUGCUGGGGCAGGAGGUCAGGAAUGAGCUGGGUUCCAAGGCGAUUUCGGAGGCCUCCAAGGAGAAGACCAAGAAGGAGAUUGAAGAGGAAGCAGAGAUGAAAGCGGUGGCCACCUCGCCCAGCGGCCGCUUCCUGAAAUUCGAUAUUGAGUUGGGCCGAGGGGCCUUUAAAACUGUCUUCAAAGGGCUCGACACAGAGACGUGGGUUGAGGUGGCCUGGUGUGAACUUCAGGACAGGAAGCUAACCAAAGCCGAACAGCAACGGUUUAAGGAAGAAGCAGAGAUGCUAAAAGGCCUACAGCAUCCGAACAUCGUCCGGUUUUACGAUUCCUGGGAGUCCACGGUGAAGGGGAAGAAAUGCAUCGUGUUGGUCACCGAGCUGAUGACGUCUGGCACCUUAAAGACGUACUUAAAGCGAUUCAAAGUCAUGAAGCCGAAGGUCCUGAGGAGCUGGUGCCGACAGAUCUUGAAAGGGUUGCAGUUCCUCCACACCCGGACCCCACCCAUCAUCCAUCGGGACUUGAAAUGCGACAACAUCUUUAUCACGGGCCCCACGGGUUCGGUGAAAAUCGGUGACCUGGGCCUGGCCACCUUGAUGCGCACGUCGUUCGCCAAGAGCGUCAUCGGCACCCCCGAGUUCAUGGCCCCGGAGAUGUAUGAAGAGCAUUAUGACGAGUCGGUGGACGUUUAUGCUUUUGGAAUGUGCAUGCUGGAAAUGGCUACUUCCGAGUACCCCUACUCCGAGUGCCAGAACGCCGCCCAGAUCUAUCGCAAAGUCACCAGCGGCAUUAAACCCGCCAGUUUCAACAAGGUGACCGACCCGGAGGUGAAAGAGAUCAUCGAGGGAUGCAUCCGGCAGAACAAAUCCGAAAGGUUGUCCAUCAAAGACCUUUUGAACCACGCCUUCUUUGCGGAGGACACGGGGCUGCGGGUGGAGCUGGCGGAGGACGACGACGGGCUGAGCUCUGCUCUGGCCUUGAGGCUGUGGGUGGAAGACCCCAAGAAGCUGAAGGGGAAGCACAAGGACAACGAAGCCAUCGAGUUCAGUUUCAACCUGGAGUCGGACGUCCCCGAGGAAGUGGCGUGUGAGAUGGUGAAAUCCGGAUUCUUCCACGAAAGCGACUCCAAGGCUGUGGCCAAGUCCAUCCGGGACCGCGUGGCCCUGAUCAAGAAGACCCGAGAGCGACGGCAAGCCAGCUGCCUGGAGGAACAGAGGGAAGCGCAGUGCAAGGCAGCCGGCGGGGCCCUGCCGCCCCAGGGCAUCUCGCUGACCGGCCCAGCCCAGCUGGCGGGUGCCGAGUGGGAGGAGACAGAGGUGGACCAGCACGUCCGGCAGCAGCUGCUGCAGCAGCCUCAGCACCAGUCUUCCUUGGCAGCUGAGAGCCUGUCAGAGAAGAGUGCCGGGUUGGUGAUUCUGUCGGAGGCCCCCAGACAGCACAGCCUGGCCUACUCGGAGCAGGUGAUGAGUGGCACCCUGCAGCCCUCCAUCCUCCCACCGGCGGAAGCCGGCCUUCAGGGACAUCGGUACCCGUCGCAGCCACUGAUGGGAUGCUACCAGCAGAUUCCUGGGCAGGUGCAGCAGCAGAACCUGUGCCACCCGCAGAUCUUACCCCCAGCUCUACCCACCCACAGCUUAGCUCCGCCGGCAGCGUCCCAGCCCCAGGCCUCGCCUGGCACGGUCCCGCAGCUCACGCAGAUAAUGCACCUCGAGUCACAGCUGCCAUAUGGGGCCGAGGGGCAGGCGCUGGAGCCGUCGGUCAUGACGGUGCCCCAGGCCAUCCUGGCAGCUGCCUCUCCCCAGGCCAUGCAGGGGGCCAGCACCCAGCUGGACUCCAGCACCAGGACCGGGAGUCAGACGGCCAUCACCGCUGCAGCUGAGGUUGACACGGCAUCUAGCUUCCUGACCCUCGGUCACAGCCUGGCACCGCAGAACCAGCCCUCAGCCCAGUUUGGUGGGAAUGUGCAGGGGAUGGCUCAGCUCCUGCCUGCUUCCUUGGGUGGGCAGCCAGGGGCACCCAUGCAGCAGCCGCAGCAGGUGGCAUCAAUGCAGCAGCUCCAGCAGGUUCCUGCCAGGCAGCAGCCCCAGCAAAUUCCUCAGCAAACUGUACCCACACAGCAGAUUCCAGCCAUGCAGCAAGUUGCAUCAAUGCAGCAGGUUCCUGGCAUGCAGCAAUCCCAGCAGGUGGUGUCCAUGCAGCAACCACAGCAAAUUCCUCAACAGACUGCACCGAUGCAGCAGGUUCCUGCCCCGCAGCAGCCGCAGCAGGUUGCACUGAUGCAGCAGGUUCCUGCCAUGCAACAGCCGCAGCAGGUUGCACCGAUGCAGCAACCCCAGCCAGUUGCUCCCAUGCAGCAGCUCCAGCAGGUUCCUACCAUGCAACAGCCACAGCAGGCGGUGCCCAUGCAGCAGCCGCAGCAAAUUCCUCAACAGACUGUGACCAUGCAGCAGGUUCCUGCAAUGCAGCUGCCGCAGCAGGUUGCACCGAUGCAGCAGGUUCCUGCCAUGCAGCAGCCACAGCAGGUUGCACCGAUGCAGCAAGCCCAUCUGCUUGCGCCCAUGCAACAGCCCCAGCAGGUUCCCGCCAUGCAACAGCCACAGCAAAUUCCUCAACAGAAUGUGCCCAUACAGCAGGUUCCUGCCAUGCAGCAGCUGCAGCAGGUUGCAUCGAUGCAGCAACCCCAGCAGGUUCCCGCCGUGCAGCCGCCCCAGCAGUAUGCCGUAAUUCAGCCAGACUCCUUACUGCAGCCUUCCCUGGCCCAGCCAGCGCAGCCCAUGCAGUUGCAGCCGCCGCCAGGUUACCCGCCCCCGCAGCCGACGCAGUUUGUGCCACACGGGGGCGCCUUAGAGCAGACGCAGGGGCUGCUGGUGCAGGAGCCGGAGCAGCAGGUGGAACGCGUGUGUCCUGUCCCGGCACCGGAGCAGCUGGCUUACUCGCUGCAGGCCCCGUACCAGCUGCAGCCAGCGUACCCACUGCAGGCUCCUUACGCUGACCAGCCCCCCUACCCAGCCCAGUCGGCAGAGCCAGUGGUGUACGCGUUCCCGGAGCCACCGGGGUACCCGGGGCAGCCUGCGUACCGGCUGGAGCCGGUGGCGUUUCUGAGCCAGCUGCCGGAGCUGCAGCAGCCAGGCUUCGCGCCGUCUCCCAGGGCGCUGAGCCAGGAGUCUGGCACUGAGCAAACGCCGCCGGUGCUCUCCCAGCAGGACGGCAGUGGCUUGGGGCAUGCCCUGGGACAAGGGCCAGGUGAAGGACAACAAGCAGCGCUGCCGGCGGUCCCAUUCCUCCCGCCGCCGCCCUCGGCUUUCGCGCCUCCCCCAAUGCAGCCGCUACCCCAGCCAGCUCCUCUCCAGCCACAGCCGCUCCUGGCCGCGGUCCCCACCUUGUUACAGACCCUGUCGCCCAGGCUGGAGCAGCUGCAGCCACCCUCCUCGGAACAAGCCUAUGGAACGCAGCAGCCAACGGUGCAGAUCCCUGAGCAGCCAGCCUACGUCCUGUUAGCGGCAGAGUCGGGGGCGUACCAGAGUCCGGUGGCCAGCCCUCUGCUCACCACCUCCCCGCAGCCCACCCUGAGCCCCCAGCCACACCAACAGCAUGGGCCGGGGCCAGAGCAGGAGCAGGAGCAGGUUUUCCAGCCUGCCUCGGUGUCGGAGCCCCAGAUAGCUGGUCCAAAGCCAGACUUCCCGCAAGGGCUGAAUCCUGAGCUGGCCAUUCUGAAGGAAAGCUCCAACGCACACGAGCCCACGAGCGGCAACGGCAAACAAGACAGAAGUAAACAGAGGCGGGCGUCCUGCCCCCGGCCGGACAAAGGCACCAAGUUCCAGCUCAUCGUCCUGCAGGUGUCCACGGCCGGGGAUAACAUGGUCGAGUGCCAGCUGGAGACCCACAACAACAAGAUGGUCACCUUCAAGUUUGAUGCCGAUGGAGACGCGCCCGAGGAUAUUGCUGAUUACAUGGUGGAAGAUAACUUUGUGCUGGAGAGCGAGAAGGAGAAGUUUGUGGAGGAGCUGAGAGCCAUCGUGUGCCAAGCUCAGGAGAUCCUCCGAAGCCUGCCGGUGGAAGAGCGAGCAUCUGGCAACGAUUCCGUUCCCUCAGAGUCCAAUAGCAGCCAAACAGGGUCGUCCGAGCAAGUUCAGAUGAACCCUGCCUCUGCUCAGACCGGCAGCGAGUGCGCCCCGCAGUCCUCUCCGGUCGGCCGCUGGCGAUUCUGCAUCAAUCAGACAAUAAGGAACAGAGAGGGGCAGACGCCGGCUGCUACCGACAAGGAGAACGCUAAGGAGACGUGCCCCCAGGGUGGAACACUGGCUGCUGAGAUCCAGGGUCCCAAUGCCAGCCCAAAGGACAGCGCGGCACUGGAAUGCCCUGGCUCGAAACCUGAAUGGCUGGUGGAAGGAGACACAGAGAAGCCAGCAUCUCUCCCUCCCAAUGACAGCUGGGCCGGGCCGGAGACAGGAGAGCCCCCUGCCCCACAGCCUGGCGACGGCCCUGUCAGCUUGGCGGUGGCCCCCGCUGGCGAGCCGCCCCUCCUGACUGAGGUCCCGGCGUCCGAGUACCAGUCCCAGCAGCCUCUGCAAGGAGACGCCUCUCCAAGCUCCAAGGCCGGGCAGGUGCAGACGCCCGGCUCAGAACCGGCCCCGCUGCCCCCCUCGGUGCCAGAAUCUGACGGCGAGGGGCCGCCCAAGAUGGAUUUUGUCGACAACCGAAUCAAAACCCUGGAUGAGAAGCUAAGGACGCUGCUCUACCAAGAGCACAGCUACUCUGAGAGCCAGAAGGACACGCAGAGCACAGAGUCCCCGCUCUCCUCGGCCGAGGAUACGCUGUCCUGUGCCGGGCCAGAAGCGCCAGCUGCUAGCCCCUCCCUGGGAGCACUAGGGAGCCCAACGGAGUCCCAGGGAACUGACAUCUCCGAGGGGUCUCCGCUGCCCCCCCCCGAGCCUGCCAGCCAGCCUGCUGGCUCGCCAGCGGUGAGACAGGACCCCGACGUCAUCACGGUCGCACCCAGGGAACUCUGUCUGCUUGAGCCGUCUCCGGAGCCUUCCUCCCCGCUGAACCCCGAGGCCUGCCCUGCUGCGGUGGCCAGCGUCGGAGCCCUUCAUCUGCAGACAGGAGCAGAGGCAGAGGAGAUGAGGACGGAGGGGGCUGCCAAGCAGGCCAGGGAGAACGAAGCCAGGGGGAGAUGGAGAUCGGCUUCGGUGUCCUAUCAGCGAGGCCGCUUCCAGGUCACCGCCGUGCCGCAGCAGCCAGCUCCGCACGUGGCAGACGCCGGGCCUGACGCUGCCAGGCUGGAGGAGCCUCAGGCGGACGAUCCAGGCACCCCCCCACCAAGAGAGUCACUCCUAUGGGCCAGCCCGGCGUGUGAGACGGACGCCUCUUCCCUCACCCCGGAGCGGGAGCCAGAGGAGCUGUCGGCCACGGGGAGCAGCACAGAGCCAUGGGCCGAGGGGCCUGUCCGGAGGCAGCCCAGCUCCGACAGCGAGCUGGGCCCUGAGGAGUCGGGGAAGAUCUUGGGGUCCGGCAGGGAGCGGCGCCCCCCGAUGGCCGAGGACCGCGCCUGCCACGGGGCCAAGCGCCGCAGCUCCCUCUUCCUCUCGGCCUCCUCGCCCAUGAGCAGCGACGACGAGUCUGAACUCGAGGACGAGGACCUGAAGGUGGAGCUGCAGCGGCUGCGGGAGAAACACGUCCAGGAGGUGGUGACGCUCCAGGCCCAGCAGAGCCGGGAGCUGCAGGAGCUGUACACACGCCUGCAUGCCCUCAAAGACAGCAAGCCCGAGCUGGCGGAGCUGGCCCUGCAGCCCGCCUCCCCCCGCCGGCCUCGCUCCUUCAAAAGCAAACUGCGCAGCCGGCCCCAAGUCCUGACGCACUCCGAGAACUGUAUUGUCACUACCGAGUGCUGCUGCACGACCACUGCCGCCUCCAUGAUUGACUAUCAGCUGAGCAUCCAGGCCCGCCUGCUGCAUCAGAGCUGUGCCCCAGGGGAGCCCAGCCCAGAGCAGCUGUGCGGCGGCCGCGCUGCCUCCUGCCAGCAGUCCCCAGCCAGCAAGAAGGGGAUGUUCACCGAUGACCUGCACAAGCUGGUGGACGACUGGACUAAGGAGGCGGUCGGGAACGCCCUCCUGAAACCCAGCCUGAACCAGCUCAAACAGAGCCAGCACCGGCUGGACGGGGACAGCUGGAGCAAAGCCUGCGAGAACACGUCAGCGUCCGUGGGCUACAGCUCCACCUGGAUUUCCUCCCUCUCCCAGAUCCACGGGACUGUGCCGGCCUCCUUGCCCCCCGGACUGGCCCUCCCGGCUUUCUCCAGCGUCCUGCCACCCUAUGGAGUACCCCACGUCUGCCAGUACAAUGCCAUGGCAGGGGCGGCUUACCCAAUGCAGUGGGUGGGCAUUUCGGGGAUGGCUCAGCAGUCAGUGGUUGUCCCCUCCCCACCUGUCGGACCCUUCCAGCCAGGGGGCAGCAUGCUGGGAUUCCCAGCCUCCCCGGUCCCUAACCCAGCUACCAUCCCGCCUGGUCCCAAAUGAAGCCGGAGCAGGCAGCUGGAGGCAGAAAUCCCCCGUUGUGGCCUGCAAACCAUGUGGAGACGCCCAGUCUGCCAGCGGAGGCGAU